UUGAAAUUUGAAAUUCAUGCAGAUGGCAAAAGUGGUGCACAAGACCAUAAGAGCAGAGUUCAAAGACCUGAGGGAGGUGUUCUUGACUCUUGAGACCUCAAGCCGUUCCUGGAGAGCAGCUGGGAUGAGGAGGGGAGAGGGGGGCUGGAGGCAGCCGUCAUCAGCAGAGCUCAGAGUGAGUGUCAGCUGGCUGAGCAGAGCAUGGUGGCAGAGCAGAGCAGAGCAGCGGGACAGGGUGUUGCUGCUGGGCUUUGGCCAGGAGAGUCACAGGAGCCAAACUGUUCAGAGCACACGACUGACCCCUCAAAGUGUAGAUAUGUUCGAUAACUCUCACUACCCGUUCAACUGUUUUAACUAUGAUGGAGACGGAUACCCUUCUUCUAGCACAGAUGAAGAGAAGAAAAUGUGCAGACCCGCAUACAGCUACAUCGCUCUGAUAGCCAUGGCCAUCCAGCAGAGCCCCGAGCAGCGGGUCACUCUGUCGGGCAUCUACGAGUUCAUCAUGAAGAGAUUCCCAUACUAUCGCUCCAACCAGAGAGCCUGGCAGAACUCCAUCAGACACAACCUCUCCCUCAACAGCUGCUUCAUCAAGGUUCCUCGGACAGAAGGCAAUGAGAAGGGAAAGGGAAACUACUGGACUUUUGCCACUGGCUGUGAAUCCAUGCUUGACCUGUUUGAAAACGGCAACUUUCGGCGUCGCCGGCGCAGGAGGAACAUGAAAAUCGGUCUCCGUGAUUCAGGAGAAACCCCUUUCCAUCCUUUAGAGAGCCACAGCAAUCACCACGUACCCGCAGCCCGGCACCCUGAACCCGACUCCACCCUCUGCCCUCUGAACCCUGAGAGGCCAAGGACGGGCCCCCAGCCAAACCACCUCAUCCCAAACCCCAGCCAGGGGAAACCAGAGUCAGAGAUCAAGUUUAGCAUUGACUACAUUCUGUCUACUCCAGAUCCACCCCUGCCGGGGUUCAGAUCCUCGCACGGCCCUGUGCACAUAGGACCCACGGGGCCACCCAUACACGUUCUGGAGCCCCAACACCUGAAUCUACACUUCUGGACUCUGUGAGAGAGAGAGGAGGAGGAGCGGAAAGCAGAGAUUGAACUUAUUCCUUUAGUAGCGUCUGUGUCUGAAACUGGGAAGUACUGUGAGGACAGAAAUUCCCCAAGAGGAAAUUUACUGACUUGAAAAUGUAACCGAGGAACAAAAUAAAGAGGUACAGUAUUAUAUGAUGGAUUCUAGAUGGAAAAAAGUCACUUAAAGAAAGCAACAUGCUAUCUAAGAAUUCAUCCAAAAGAAAAAAAUGUGAACAAUACCACAUUCAUAUUGUCAUUAUACUGUAUGUG